AUGGCGAUUUAUAUGAUAGCAGGAGGGGCGGCUGCUGCCGGCAGGGGCAGAGGAGGGGCUGAGGUUUGCCUAAAAGCUGGAAUCAGUGGCCCUGCCAACCCUAGAGCCAAGGCUAAGAUCCAGGCCAAGUCUGGGGAUGGAGCAGUGGCCAGGACACAGACAGUGACCUACACUGAGGCCGUGGCUAACAGGGAUGUGAGCAAGAUGGAAGCUAUGGCUAAGACUAGAGUCAUGACUGAGACUAAGGCAAAAUCCCUGGCAGAACCUGGUAUAGUGCCCCAAAUCAAGUCAAAGCUGAUGCCUAUGGCCAGGGUCAGUGCUGUGACCAAGUACGAAGUCAAGGCUGGUGCUGGAAGUGAAACCAAUAUCAGGUCCUUUGCCAAGGCUGAUGAUAAGGUCAAUAUUGAGUCCAGGUCCCAGAGAAGGAGAGAGGACAGCAUCAAAUUCAGGGCUGGGGCUGGGGACAGAGCUGGUAUUGUAAUCGAGUCCAGUGAUGAGGAUGAAGAAAAUGUCUGCUCCUGGUUCUGGACAGGAGAAGAGCCUAGUGUAGGAUCCUGGUUCUGGCCUGAAGAGGAGACUCCUUCUCAAGUUUAUAAGCCUCCACCUAAGAUCCAGGAAAAGCCCAAGCCCAUACCCAAACCUGAACUCACUAUAAAACAAAAAGCAGCAGCAUGGUCAAGGGCCAGGUAUAGUGUCCUAGUCCCAAUAGAGGGAGGGAAGCCAUCCUUGCCUCCAGAAGGGAAUUGGACUCUCGUUGAGACCUUGAUUGAAACUCCUCUGGGGAUUCGGCCUCUGACCAAGAUCCCACCCUAUAAUGGACCUUACUUCCAAACCUUAGCUGAGAUCAAAAGCCAGGUUAGGUAUAGAGAAAAGUAUGGGCCCAAUCCAAGAGCCUGCCGCUGUAAAUCACGUGACUUUAGUUUAGAGCCUAAAGAGUUCGAUAAACUCGUUGCCCUACUUAAGUUAACUAAGGAUCCUUUUAUUCAUGAAAUAGCAACAAUGAUAAUGGGCAUUAGUCCUGCUUAUCCAUUUACCCAAGAUAUAAUUCAUGAUGUAGGUAUUACUGUUAUGAUUGAAAACUUGGUCAAUAAUCCCAAUGUUAUAGAACACCCUAGAGCUUUAAAUAUAGUAGAUGACAACUCUGAAUCUUCUGAGGAACCAAAACCAGGAGAGUCAUACGUAUAUCAAGUUUGUAAGGACAUAUUCUCUUAUCCCUUGAACUCCCCUGUGCAACUGGCUGGACUAAAAUUAUUAGUGCACCUGAGUGUGAAAUUUGAGGAUCACCAUAUAAUUAUUAAUUACAUUCCAGAUUUCCUCACCUUGUUAAGCAAAGGAAGUGUCAAAACCAAGUUUUAUGUUUUAAAAGUGUUUUUGCGCUUGUCUAAAAAUCAAGCCAAUACAAGAGAACUGAUUAGUGCCAAAGUACUGUCAUCAUUGGUUGCACCCUUUAACAAGAAUGAGUCGAAGGCUAAUAUUCUUAAUAUCAUUGAAAUAUUUGAGAAUAUAAAUUUCCAAUUCAAAAAGAAGGUGAAGCUAUUUACCAAAGAAGAGUUCACUAAAUCUGAGCUUAUUUCCAUAUUCCAGGAAGCAAAAGAGUUUGGUCAGAAACUCCAAGACUUAGUAGAGCACAGUGAUCCUGAGGUUAGAGAUAAAGUUAUACGAUUAAUACUUAAACUCUAAAUAGCUGUAUGUUCUCACAGAGCCAUGAACAUUUUUUUGUGUUAUAAUAUGAAGCUAUGCAUAUAAUAAUUGUAAGUUCAAUAUUUGUUAUUUGUGUUGGUUGAUGGAGGCAAUUUUAUGCAUACCAAAUGAUCUUGAGAGCUUGAAUGUUUGUUGAUAUUUACUGUGCUAUUUAAAUUGAGAUAUUUUUAAUCUUUCUGCAACGUGACCUGAUAAUGAACCUAUUCAUGCUGAGCAAGCUAUAUUUCUGUGCUUUAUAUUGACAUAGUGUAUUCGUUUGAGGCUUCAUUUACAUGUUAAUAAAGUUGCAUGCUAAAACUGGUGAAAA